AUGGACGACUUCAACAGCGAGACAGACAGCGACUAUACAAGCUAUUGGCGAGAUUGGUUUAUAUCCUCACGAGGAAACGAGUACUUUUGCGAAAUUGACGAGGAAUACCUUACCGACCGCUUCAACCUCACGGGUCUGAAUACCGAGGUCCAAUACUACCAAUAUGCGCUGGACCUUGUAACCGACGUCUUCGACUUUGACUGCGACGAUGAUAUGCGGGAACAGAUUGAAAAAUCGGCGCGGCAUCUGUACGGUCUGGUGCACGCUAGGUACAUUGUCACGACUAGAGGUCUGGCAAAGAUGCUCGAAAAGUUCAAAAAGUCUGACUUUGGCAAAUGCCCACGCGUAAUGUGCGAAUCACAACCCCUCCUUCCAAUGGGUCAAUCCGACGUGCCCAAUGCCUCGCCCGUAAAGCUUUACUGCGCCCGUUGCGAGGACCUCUACAACCCAAAGUCCUCGCGCCAUGCCAUUAUUGACGGCGCAUACUUUGGCACCUCGUUCCACAACAUCUUGUUCCAAGUCUACCCCGCGAUGCUUCCCCCGAAAACACAGCGACGAUACGAGCCCCGUGUCUUCGGCUUCAAGGUGCACUCCGCAGCAGCGCUGGCACGGUGGCAAUCGGACAAAAAGGAGGAAAUGAAGGAUAGACUGAAGGCGCUGAAGAUGGAAACUGGAUUCGAGGAAGAGGACGAGGAAUUAGAAGACGACGAUGAUGACGAUGACAUGGAGCUUCAGGAAGGCGUUCAAGGUGCGGCUGCACAGCUGUGA